GAGGAGUUCAGGAAGAGGGCUGACUGAGUGCUACGUGUCCACUGUAUCCCAACUUUCACAAACUUUACUUUCAUUAACUUUGUGUAAAUCUCCAAGGUAACACAUCGUAAGAAAACUUCGGCCAGCGUUGUCGCGUUGAGGCAUUAUGUCCGGGUUAAAAAAGCAAAAGACGGACCUGUCGAGAGCAACUAAUGUUGUUUAUCAGGCUCAUCAUGUUAGCAGAAGCAAACGUGGCCAAGUGGUUGGGACCAGAGGUGGUUUUCGUGGCUGUACUGUCUGGCUAACAGGAUUGUCUGGUGCAGGAAAGACCACCAUUGGAUUUGCUUUGGAGGAAUAUCUGGUUUCUCAUGCUAUUCCCUGUUAUUCACUUGACGGUGACAAUAUUCGCCAUGGCUUGAACAAGAACCUGGGCUUCACGGCGGCAGACAGGGAAGAGAACAUCCGACGUAUCGCUGAGGUGGCAAAAUUGUUCGCUGAUGCAGGACUGGUUUGCAUCACAAGUUUUAUUUCACCUUACACUAAGGAUCGAAACGAAGCCAGGAAGAUCCUUGAGAGCGCAGGUCUGCCUUUCUUUGAGGUUUUUGUAAAUGCCCCGCUGGAGUUAUGUGAGAGCAGAGAUGUGAAAGGACUUUAUAAAAAGGCCCGUGCGGGAGAAAUUAAAGGUUUCACAGGAAUAGACGCUGAAUAUGAGAAACCUGAAUCUCCUGAGCUUGUGUUAAAGACGGGAGAGCUCACUGUCAAUGAGUGUAUUCAUCAGGUGUUGGAGCUCUUGAAGGAACACGAUAUUGUGCCCACUGGUGUGACUGAGGAAGUGAAUGAGCUCUUUGUUCCUGAAAACAAGCUGGACUUAGUACUGAGUGAUGCCAAUAUACUUCCCACUGUAAACAUCACAGAGCUGGAUAUGCAGUGGGUGCAGGUUCUAGCUGAAGGAUGGGCGACACCUCUGAGAGGUUUCAUGAGAGAGAGAGAAUUUUUGCAAGUCUUACACUUUGGAAACUUGCUUGAUGGAGGGACCAUAAACAUGUCCGUGCCCAUCGUGCUGCCCGUAUCCAAGGAAGACAAGGAGAGACUGGACGGCAGUGCAGCUUUUGCCCUGCAGUUCAGAGGUCGCAAAGUGGCAAUUAUGCGCAACCCUGAAUUUUACGAGCAUCGCAAGGAAGAGAGAUGCGCCAGGCAGUGGGGUACAACAUGCCCUAAACAUCCGUACAUCAAGAUGGUAAUGGAGGGUGGUGAUUGGCUGGCCGGUGGAGACUUGGAAGUGUUUGAGCGUGUAUUGUGGAAUGAUGGUCUCGACCAAUAUCGUCUCACUCCACGGGAGCUGCGGCAGAAAUUUAAGGAAAUGAGAGCAGAUGCUGUCUUUGCCUUCCAGUUGCGCAAUCCUGUGCACAACGGCCAUGCGCUCCUGAUGCAAGACACCAAACGUCGCCUGCUAGAGCGUGGCUAUAAGAACCCCGUGCUGUUGCUUCAUCCUCUGGGUGGAUGGACGAAAGAGGAUGACGUACCUCUUGACUGGCGCAUGAAGCAGCAUGCUGCUGUCCUGGAGGAAGGGGUUCUGGAUCCAGCAAACACAGUUGUGGCCAUUUUCCCCUCACCUAUGAUGUAUGCUGGACCUACAGAGGUACAGUGGCAUUGUCGGGCCCGGAUGAUCGCUGGGGCCAACUUCUACAUCGUAGGACGGGACCCGGCAGGUAUGCCCCAUCCAGAAACAAAGCAGGACCUGUAUGAGCCCACACACGGUGCGAAGGUGCUGACCAUGGCACCAGGCCUCACCUCUCUGGAAAUUAUUCCCUUCAGAGUUGCUGCAUACAAUAAAGUUAAAAAGGCCAUGGAUUUCUAUGACAAGGAAAGACACGAUGAAUUUGAGUUCAUCUCAGGGACCAAAAUGCGGAGUCUCGCCCGCAGUGGGGAGAAUCCUCCAGAUGGUUUCAUGGCUCUCAAAGCAUGGAAAGUCCUAUCUGAGUAUUACGGCUCUCUAAAAAAGGACCAGUGAGAAAUCUUCACAAGCCUGUGAAUUAUAGUAAAGUCUAUUUAGGAUUAUAGAAUGACGAAUUAUAUAUAUAUAUAUACUACAAACCUGCAGUAUAUUAAGACUGUUUAAUAAGGCAGUAUAAAGAUCUUUAUUAGACGUACGUACUACACUCUACAAAAUGCUGGGAUAUUUUUAACCCAGCAUUGGGUCAAAAAAGGUCAAACGUGUAAUUUAACCAAUGCUGGGUUGUUUCAACCCAAAAUGCUCCCAUUGUUGGGUCAAAUAUAUUUUAUGGGUUCAUUUAACCCUAUGGCUUGGUAUGUCCCUUUCUGACCCAACGCUGGGUUGAAAAAAAAAACAGUAUUUUUUUAGUGUAUACUUUUAGAUGUUACCUUUAUUUAUCCAUUCCAAUUACUUAACAGUAUAAUGUGGUGUAUUUGGUUCCCAGUAUCCCAUUGUAGAUCAAAAAUCACAUUUGGACCAUACAGCGAUUGCUGUAGCAAAUCUAAAUAUGCCCUACAGUAACAGGACCAGUAUUUAUCCUAACUCAACUGGACGUUUCUAUUCAUGGCUGUGGAGAUUAUAUUUAAAACCUUUUUACAUUAUAAACAAUUUUAUAAAAAUUGUAAAUGUACUGCAAGGAGAUCAUGGUGACCAGUUAAAUGUAUGACACAGUUUUACACAAAAGUCUGUAUAGAGCAUAUGUCCAUACGCCUUAUUGAAAAUGUGGUUUUUGAAAGUUCCCAAAUGAAUGACUUACUGUAAAGAGUAAUGUAUAAAUGUGAAUCAGAUUUGUGCUGAGCGCAUAAACAGUAAACCCUUGAUGAAUCCAAUGUGAAGGAACAAGAGUGUAUUUAUUGCCUUGACAUUUUCUUAACGGACCAACUUCUACCUUUUGUACAAAACUGAUUUACACUUGAUUUCUUACUUAUUAUAUGGUGAAAUGUGCAUUCAAUAAAAUCCAUUAAGACACAAA